AUGCUUCAGAUAGCCAAGCGUGGCAUCGCCACGCGAAACAGAGUUACCAGGAGGAACCACAGGGAUCAAGUGACCCAGACAGAGUUACCAGGGGAGCCACAGGGACCAAGUGACCAUCCAGACAGUUACCAGGAGGAACCACAGGGACCAAGUGACGAUCCAGAGAGUUACCAGGAGGAACCACAGGGACCAGUGACGAUCAAGGAGUUACCAGGAGGAACCACAGGGACAAGUGACCCCAGACAGUUACCAGGAGGAGCCACAGGGACCAAACAGAGUUACCAGGAGGAGCCACAGGGACCAAGUGACCCCAGACAGAGUUACCAGGAGGAGGAGGGACCAAGUGACCAUCCAGACAGAGUUACAGGAGGAGCCACAGGACCAAGUGACGAUCCAGACAGUUACCAGGAGGAGCCACAGGGACCAAGUGACCCCAGACAGAGUUACCAGGAGGAGCCACAGGGACCAAGUGACCAUCCAGACAGAGUACCAGGAGGAACCACAGGGACCAAGAGGAACACAGGGAUCAAGUGGCGAUCCAGACAGAGUUACCAGGAGCCACAGGGACCAAGUGACCAUCCAGACAGAGUUACCAGGAGGAACCACAGGGAUCAAGUGACCAUUCAGACAGAGUUACCAGGAGGAGCCACAGGGACCAGUGACGUCCAGACAGAGUUACCAGGAGGCCACAGGGAUCAAGUGACCAUUCAGACAGAGUUACCAGGAGCCACAGGGACCAAACAGAGUUACCAGAGACCACAGGGACCAAGUGACGAUCCAGACAGUUACCAGGAGCCACAGGGACCAAGUGACGAUCCAGACAGUUACCAGGAGCCACGGGACCAGGUGACCAUCCAAAGAGUUACCAGGAGGAACCACAGGGAUCAAGUGACCAUUCAGACAGAGUUACCAGGAGGAGCCACAGGGACCAAACAGAGUUACCAGGAGGAGCCACAGGACCAAGUGACCAUCCAGAGUUACCAGGAGCCACAGGGACCAGGUGACCAUCCAAAGAGUUACCAGGAGGAACCACAGGGAUCAAGUGACCAUUCAGACAGAGUUACCAGGAGGAGCCACAGGGACCAAGUGACGAUCCAGACAGAGUUACCAGGAGGAGCCACAGGGACCAAACAGAGUUACCAGGAGGAGCCACAGGGACCAAGUGACCCAUUCAGACAGAGUUACCAGGAGGAGCCACAGGGACCAAGUAUGAUCCACAGAGAGCACAAGAGGAGCCACAGGGAUCAAGUGACCAUCCAGAGUUACCAGGAGGAACCACAGGGACCAGGUGACCAUCCAAAGAGUUACCAGGAGGAACCACAGGGACCAAGUGACCAUCCAGACAUAGUUACCAGGAGGAGCCACAGGGACCAAGUGAUGAUCCAGACAGAGUUACCAGGAGGAGCCACAGGGACCAAGUGA